AUGAACCAAAACGAGUACUCCACAAUGACUGGUAACAGCGGUGUAGAGACAGGUCGGACCAGGGUACCAGUGCGAUUGCACCGUCGCCAGACAACACUCGACUCCAUGCCACCCCCUGUGAUCGGUCCAGAUGGCUUUCCAAUCUUUAAAGAACCACCGCACGCCGAUGCGCCUGAUGUUGGAAUGCAGGUGCAACAUGAGUUGGGUCACGCUGGCGAUGGAACAACAUCAUCCGCAUUCGAAGGAGACGGUGAUGGUAUCAAAUGUCUCGAUAUCCACAGUGAGAAUUUGUCUAUUGUUCAAAUUAUACAAAAAUUAUGA